UGCAAAACAAGCAGGAAGUUCUGCAACGUGUGAGUGUGUCGCUGGAUUUUCGAGCUGUGGCAACACAUUUUCUUUGAAAGGUUUCUUAACCUACUCCAUGUACUACCCAUUGAAGAUUAAAUCGCCUCUUGCAACGAUAUUUCAUCUACAUUACCAAGCUGGAGACGAAUUGAGACAUUCACAAUGUCCCAAGCCACUAAACGCAAACACGUCGUCAAGGAGGUGCUCGGGGAUUAUGUCACCCCGACUGAGAACCAGCAGAUCGUGAGGGUUGUCAGUAGCCCUGGCAACAAUUUGCAUGAGGCUGUGACAUCUGAGGGUGAGAAGUUUCUUGUGAGCAUGCCCACAAAGUUCCGGAAGAACAUCUGGAUCAAGAGAGGUGAUUAUGUGAUAGUGGACCCGAUUGAGGAGGGGGACAAGGUGAAGGGAGAGAUCAGCUUCAUCCUGUACCGAGAUCAUAUCCAUCACCUGAAGAAGCUCGGGAUGUGGCCCGAGGGUUUCCAGGAAAACCGUAUAUCAGAGGAGAGAAUGGAUGGACAGCAGCAGAAAGAUGGAGGAGAGGAGAAAGAGGAGGAUGGCAGUGAGUCCGAGGAGGACGACAGUGACCUCUUCGUCAACACUAACCGCACAAACUAUCACUACACAGAGAGCGAGGAAGACACCGAGGAUGAGGAGGAGUCUGAUGAUGGGGACGAAGAGAAUGAGGAGGAAGAGGAAGGUGACAAGAACAGUGUGUAGUGUGUGUGUGUGCGUGUUGUGGCAGCACACAAGCACCACUUGGACAUAACCUCUUCUCAAAAUGUCCAACUGCAUUUCCUCAUGCGUCAUACAUUUCCACUCAGACUUUCUUUUCUUGGGCUGGCGUUAAACUGUACACCGACCCCUCACACUGUCAAGAGCUAUGCCCACUGUGCAAACAGACCAAUCUGUUAACCUACCACAGGAACAAGACAGGACAGGAAGUUGUGUGCUUGUAAAGUUGUAUGAUAACAGAUUAUAAUACUACAGCAGAGGGAGAUGGGUGUGAUCUCACUAGAGUACGUGUUCAACAAUAUGUCCAGACCACUAGGUGGCACUCUCUUAUCCUCUUGAGAUUCAACUGGUGGUCAUCUGUAAUCGGUCAGUCAGUUGUGUUUUGCAAACUGAUCUUUUCUGACUUGUACUUGUAUCGCUCAGUCAACAGCUGUUUGACGAUUCAAAGUUGUUGUGCAGGUUAUUUGGCUAUUUGGUUACUGGAAAAACCUGACCUAGACCAAGUUUUCCCAGGUGUUGCCAGGCACCUGCAUUUUCUGGAUUCAGCACAGUGUUGAAUAUUAUUAGUCACUAGCUGGAAUUAUUCUGUAUAACUGAAGCCACCAAUUUGUCAACAAAACAAUUCUUGAAAGUAGGGUCUAGACUAAGUAAGACAUUCUAAUUCAGAGACUGAUUUCAUACAAAAUAGCUAACAAGCUACAGAAGUGUCAUAUAUUAUCUUGGUAAUCCACCAAGGGUUAUUCACUUGUAAGAUAGCAUAUUGAUGCAAAACAAAUAAUGGAAGGCUUGUAAAAUAAUUCUUGUAAAUAUGAUGAUGUGUAAUAAAAUCUUUUUUUGUGUUA